GAUGUUUAAGAGAAUUUUGCCUUAUCAUCAUUCAACAUGUUCAUAUUUCAUACCACCUCCGGAAGAGAAAGUAUCGAGUGAUGAGGAAAGUACAGAUUCAUUUGGUGAAACAGAUAAUGUGGAUAGCCUUUAUAAAGAUGAAAUUAAACAAGCGUCAACUAAUGCAAGUGGUUUUACAGAAUAUAAACAAGAUUUAUCAUCGUAUGGUAAAAACUUCCAAGAUGAAGCUAUUGAUAUACAACGUACAGAAAUGUCUGGGUGUUUCAUCGAUCAUCAGCCCGAAGAGAAAAAGGAUAUUCAUCCAGAUUCAGUAACAUUGACUCAAAGUGUCAGAUUUGAAAGUUUUAGCUCUCUAAUGCAUAGAUACAACAGCUUUAAUGAUCACUGGCCGUUUAAAAAUGGGAAAAUGAAUGCAAGAAGGGCAGCUCUGUCAGGCUUUGCAUUUGCCAAUUUUGAUACAGCACUGAGAUGUUUCCAAUGCGCUAUUGGCCUCAAGGGCUUCGAUGAAGAUGAUGAUCCAUUCGAAGAACAUAAGAUUUACAGUCCAAACUGCGAAUACAACAAUAUUGCAAUGUCAAACAAUUGGCAUAAAGAACCUUUUCCAAUAUCAUUUUUCACAAAAUAA